AUGGUGACCAGCAUCUGUCUCUGUCUGAUCAUCGUCACCUUGGCCUCUUCCUCCAGGCUGGUGUGUUACUAUAACAGCUUGGCUGAAGACAGAGCGGAGUACGGGAAGUUCACAGUUUCAGACAUUGAUCCAAACAAGUGCACCCAUCUGAUCUACGCCUUUUCUGACAUUAAUAACCAACAUGAGCUGGUCCCCAGCAGAGCAACUGACAUACAACAGUAUGAGGCCUUUAAUGGACUCAAAACCAGAAAUCCACUGCUCAAAACCCUGUUGGCGGUUGGUGGCCUGACCUUUAACACACAAAAAACAGCAGAUAACCGAUUACUGAUCACUGCCAGUGUCUCUGCUGAGAAAGCAAUCAUCGAUGCCAGUUAUGAAGUCCCACAGAUUGCAAAGUACCUGGAUUUCAUUAAUGUGCUGACAUUUGACUUUCACGGCCCCUGGGAAAGUGUCACAGGACAUCACAGCCCCUUAUAUCAGCGAUCCCAGGACACUGGAAACAAAACCUACUUUAACACUGACUUUGCCAUGCAGUACUGGCGGGACCAGGGAGCACCACCAGAAAAGAUAAACAUGGGGUUAGCAGCAUACGGGCGAGCAUUUAACCUCUCCUCUGCAUCCAGUAAUGUUGAAGAACCAGCCAAUGGUCCUGGUGAGGAAGGCUGCUACACCGGUGAAGAAGGAUUCUGGGCCUAUUAUGAGAUUUGCCUUUAUCUUGAGGGGGUUACACCCCAGUUGAUAACCGAUCAGAAAGUUCCAUAUGCCAUCGCAGAAAACCAGUGGGUUGGAUUUGACAACAAUGACAGCCUGAAUACCAAGGCCAGUUACCUGAAAGCUAACAACUUUGGAGGAGCCUUUAUCUGGUCUCUGGACCUGGAUGACAAAAGUGGGCAGUUCUGUAAAACAGUCAAAUGCCCCCUCAUCAGCCACCUGCAUGCUCUACUGGUUCCAGGUUUUCCUGAUCUAAGUACCACUAAUACUACAAGUACUGCUCCUAAAACGACUCCCACUACAAUAACCACAACACCCGCUCCCCCAACAACAGCUGCUGCCACAACUGCAGCUCCUACAACUACAGCAGAGGAUCCAGUGAGUCCUCCACAGACCAGAUAA